CGUAAUUAUGUAUUGAGUGGAAGUAUUAGUUCCUCCUGGUAUAAAGAGAGUGACUCCACGUAUUGUCAUUGUAUAGAUACUUUGACUGUACGUUAAACGAGCUGAGAGAUAUACUUAGUUAAUAGUACAUUACGAUACAAUUCUACAUAUAUAUAUCUCAGGUGCAACGGAACUUUUUAGAGACACUUAACAUAUCACCCAAAAAACUGUUUCUUCCUUUCUGAACGGACUGUUCGGAUUUGAAAUAUGGGUGCUAAAGUAUCCCGAACGGACUUCGAGUGGGUCUACACUGAGGAGCCUCAUUCCAGUCGCCGGAAAAUGAUUCUAGAAAAAUACCCCGAAAUUAAACAACUGUUCGGACAUGACCCGAACUUCAAGUGGGUGGUGAUGGGCUUGGUGGUGGUACAGCUGGUGGCUCUGCCCUUCAUCCACCAGCUCAGCUGGCCGCUGCUCCUCGUUACUGCGUACUGCUUCGGGGGAUUUGUCAACCACGCACUCAUGGUCGCGCUCCACGAGAUCGCGCACAAUUUUGCUUUCGGACACGCGCGGCCCCUCGCCAACCGUCUGUUCGGUAUGGUGGCCAACCUGCCGCUCGGCCUGCCCGCCUCCAUCACCUUCAAGAAGUACCACAUGGAACAUCAUAAGUACCAAGGCGUAGACGACAUGGACCCAGAUCUGCCCACGGUGUGGGAGGCUCGGCUGUUCACGGGCACGUUGGGCAAGCUGGCGUGGUUGGCGCUGCUGCCCGUGCUGUACACGGUGCGGCCGCUGCUGGUGCGCCCCAUGGCGCUGGAACGGCUGGAGCUGCUCAACAUCGUCGUCCAGAUGGCCUUCAACGCGUGCGUGGUUCAACUAUUCGGUUGGAAGGCGGUGUGGUACCUCAUCCUCGGAACCCUGUUGUCGAUGGGUUGGCAUCCAUUAGCAGGACACUUCAUAUCGGAGCACUACAUGUUCAAGAAAGGUGUCGAGACGUAUUCCUACUACGGUGUGGCUAACUACAUCACUUUCAACCUGGGCUACCAUAUGGAGCACCACGACUUCCCUGCGAUACCUGGCAGUCGGUUACCGGAGCUGAAACGCAUCGCCAGCGAGUUCUACGAUGAGCUACCGCAUCACCGCAGUUACCUGGUAGCAAUGUACCAGUUCGUGACCGACCCAGCGCUCGGCCCCGCCGCGCGGGUUAUUCGCAGGCAGCAACCGCACCACAACUAACUCCUGGCGGCCCCGCCGCGCGGGUCAAGCCAUAAACAAAAUGAAAUAUAAGAUACUUAUAUGAUAUUUGAA